CGCUCGAACGUACCAGCAGCGAUCUGAUCAUCAAAGAACAGCCGUGACAACAUUAUUGUGUUCAUCUGGGUCGAGCAAAAUCACCUUUUACCGAAAUAUUCACCUUAAUAAAUGAACAAUGAUCGAUAACCGAGUGACCAGAAGAUGAGUUAAAUCUGAUCGCUGAAAGAAAGAGGCUGAAUUUCACAUUUUGACAGUAUGGCUAGCUGUGGCGAGGUCAAUCUCUCUGUGGACACCCUGACUUCUGGAAAGAAGGUGAGUGGAGAGUCUGUGAUGGAUGGGACUCCUUCCUCUUCAUCUCCGUCGCUGCCUGUGCCUGAAUGCGCCAUCUGCCUGCAGAGUUGCGUCCACCCCGUACGUCUGCCGUGCCGCCAUAUUUUCUGCUUCCUGUGCGUCAAGGGAGCCUCCUGGCACAGCAAGCGAUGUGCCCUCUGUAGGCAGGAAGUCCCCGAGGACUUCCUGGAACGGCCCACUUUGCUUUCUCCCGAAGAGCUGAAGGCUUCGGCGUCAGGAGGGCGUGGGACGGGCACCAGUGGACACGCUUGGUACUACGAAGGACGCAAUGGCUGGUGGCAGUAUGACGAGCGGACGAGCCGAGAACUGGAGGAUGCGUUUAACAAAGGCAAGAAAAACGCAGAGAUGCUAAUCGCCGGUUUCCUGUACGUGGCCGACCUGGAGAACAUGGUGCAGUACAGGAGGAACGAACAUGGACGCAGACGUCGGAUGAAAAGAGAUGUGGUGGACAUUCCUAAGAAAGGUGUUGCUGGACUUAGACUGGAUCCAGAUCCUAACCCCACGGUGGGGGCAGGCUCAGGAACGGUGCCCGUAGAAGUGGAUUUAAGUGUGGACGGAGCUGCGGUUGAACGAGAAAGCUCGGCAGACGGAGCGGACACUGGGGUCAAUGGAGGGCGUUCUCAAGGCGUCUUUCCCGCCGCUCCCGUAAGGCCGCCCACUGUCUUGGGUGGUCACCUGACGAGCCCCGCUUCCUCAAGUGGCAUUCAGCUUGUUCAAGCUUUGGCUCAACUCAAUAUCAACCCCGCUGAGCCUGAACCGGAGGAGGAAGAUGCUGAUGACGAAGACGAUUCGCCCGCUCCGGACGCCUCUGGGUAUGACUCGGAGCCUGGCACGAGUGAGGAUGACGGCGAGUUCGCUGAGGACGAAAUGGCAGAGGCCUCCCAGGGUAGGCAUAGACUUGCGCAGUUGGACAGACCGCCCCCUGGUGGUGGGCCUGCGCCAAGCAGCGAUCGGUCCGGGUGCCCCGACGGUCAAUGCACCGUCACCAAGGUCUGACCCCAGCACAACUACUGGACUCCUACCCAACCACCACAACCGUUGGGGAUUUCUAACCAAGCUCUGAAAUGCAAAAAAAUUCAUGAAUGAACCAUUCAAAGAAACACAGACUGGGGAAUGGGUGGGGACUGGGGUCAGAUGGUUUUAGUGUAGGGAUAGUGUUUGUCUUUUUCUCUCGCUCUUAGACGGCUGUGCCAGGGCUGUACUCUUUAAAUGUAAAUUAGAGGCAAAACUACAAUAAAACGUGCUUAUAACAUCUAGGACCCUGUGAAUUCAGACAUGCAGGAUUGCAUCAAAGCAAAUUUUUAGAGAUCAUUGAAAUAGUUAUCGUCACAAUAUAUAUUAUCCAGUGUACUGUGUAUUUUAUUAGAAAUGAGGUUUGCCAAACUGGACCUGUGAUUUCACCCCAAAAUCACAAGAAAAAACAUUAUGCUUAAAGAAAAUGUAGCUGCUUAUUGAGAUAAUUAAGGUGACUGUUUUGAUGGGAAUUAAGCACAUUUUACAGACAAAUUCUCAUUACUGGGGGUAAACAUUUCAUUUUGGGCCGUUUUAACCCCAUUUUGUCAGUGGUGAUUCUUUUUAGAUUCUUAUUACUUUAGUGUUUAAAAUGUUAAUUACAAAUAUGUAUAUUUUUAAAACAGCAAUAUGCAAGUAUAGUUUUCAAUUUAAAUAAUGCUUAAGUUUUUUUUUUUUACCUUACAACAAUAAUAAUUGAGGUGACAGGGAUGUUAACAAUUGUGGUAACACUAGGCUUCAUUUUCACUAAAAUAAAUAUAAUUUCUUAUUUUCAUCCUUUUGAUUUUGGGGUGAAAUAUGACUGUGAGUUCAUAUUAAUCAAAUGGAAGCAAUAUGUCUAGCAUGACUCCACAGCAUCAUCAGUGAAUAUAAAGAGAUCGCGUAAAAAUGAACUGUAAUGAACUUAACAUCUCAUUAGAAAUGCCAUGUAUCAGUAUAUAGAUUUUUUAUUAGUCUGUUAAGGCAUGCCAUCAUGAAAUGAAAUUAAAUGAAAUGACAUGUUUCGAUAGGAAAACCGUGAAGAUUGGAUCUUUAAUAGUUUUUUGAUGAAAGAAAAAUUAUAUUUUGUUUUCCACGUUCAGCACUUCAAUGGAAAUGUAAACCAUCUGAAGCUGCCGCAGAGGUGUCUAGAUGUUUUUCUUGUGUGUGUGUGUGUUAAAUAAUAAGCAUUAGAUUUCAGCAUUUCAACUAAAGCAUUUAUUGUAGUUUUGCCAGAAAAAGACCCUUCAGUAAUCUUACAUUUGCUAGUGUUAACUGCGUGUGUAUUCAUUUUAAGCAAUUUAUUUUUCUUUCUGUCUCAUCUUGGUGUGCUUCUCUGUUUCAUGGAUUUGCAUGUUGAUGUGAGUGAGCGAGAAGCCCUGGACUACGACCCUUUCUUUUAACUGACUGAGCAAAGUGUUUUCAAGCAUAGGUGUCAGAUUAGAAAUUUUUGAGAUUUUAAUCUGUUCGGUCUGAAACAGACUUGUUAUGCAAGUAUGUAAGCACAGAGCACACGACCAGUGCACAAAUCGUGCUGUUACAUUUCAGUCUCUGUGCUUCUUGGAUCACAUACUUGCGUGAAGAUUGCUUUUGGCCUUUAUUUUCAACACUGCUAAUUUUCAUUUGUUCAGGUUCGUGGUUGUCAACAAAGCCAACGGAAAACCUAAAGUUAAAAUUAACUUCUUUUUGGUGUAUUACUUUUGUUUGUUACUAGGAUUAUCUGAAAAAUAAAGUGUUGUCUGUUAUUUGUCAGUGAUUAAACUUUUCCGAUGUCUAAAUUACAAGAAGUUAUUUUCUACCUUCUAAUAUUGCGUGUUUUUCAUGUCAUUGUACAGCAGUUUGUGUAAAGACAAGUUUGUAUAUAUAUCAGUCAGUUCUGCUGGUAGCUCAUGACAAUGUCAUAAAGCUUUUAAACUUAAAAAAAUCAAACUCUAAAGUUCUGGUUUGUUGUACAUGUCACUUUUCUAGUGAAUCUGUUGACCUUUCCAGAAAUCUCAUAAAGCCAGCAGCUUGUGAUUUGUAGUCAAACUCCUGCCGUUGGUGUGGGUGAUUCGCAUCCGAUGUCCUGUGAUUGGUCUGUGGGCAUCCCAGGUUUGCAUAAAGCGAAGGUAAACCUUUUGUAAACUUUAUUUUAUCAUUAUUGCAAUACUGUAUUGUAGUUUUUUGUGACAGAGCUGUUCACAUCUUCUUACAGGCCAAUCAUUUGUUAAAACACUUUAUUAUUCAGGACCGGUAUGUUUGAUGAUGGUUGGAGCUAAAUGGGGUAUAUGCAUACGGGGUGAUGACGUACUUCCGCUAAAAUCUCAGCCAGUUUAGCCACUUCCGCUCUCAUUGAGCCGAUGUAAUUUUUCAUCAAGUGAUGUGUUUGGUAAGAAAACGUUCAAAUUUCAGCGAACCCCGGCUGAAACGUUUACUUGUCUUUUUUUUCAUAUUUGUGAAUGUAGCUUGAAACGGAUAGCCUGAAGCACUUCUCCUUUUUGGUUGUUGAUGUAUGUAGUGUUUGGAUCAUGUGACCAUAAUCCUAUGUGCAUCUUGAAGCGACCAAGUGAAAAGCGCCAUUGUUUCCAACGGACGCUACGUGUGCUGGAUGUAACAGAGCUGGAUGAGAUUUUAGCGGACAUACGUCAUUGCUCCGUGUGCAUGUACCCCAUUCUGUACAAUGUCUUCUAUAUUUGGUCUUUGUGGCCAACAGCCCUUCUGCACGGCCACAAACCUUUUCGUCAAAUUUGUUGCAAGAAGCUUUGAUGUUAGCUAUGAAGUUUUUUUUUAAGGCCAGUUAUGUUUUUAAGAAUUAAUAAUAAAAUGCAGUUACGCU